UCUUUCUCUGGGCGGAGAAGUGAAAUGUGGGAGGCGUGUCCGUCUUGCACUUCACGGAAGAGCCUCAGAGUCCGAACCUCCGCGUCCGACAGGCGCAAGGACGAACCGGGAUCCCCUGCCUCCGGACCCUGACGGACCCACCGCGGCCAGAGGACGGGUUCUGCCCGGGCGGCGCAGCGACAUGCCAGCCAGACGCGCCUGAAGCCGCGCAGACAGCAGCGCAGCUCCGGGGGGAGAAACACGGGAGACAUGGCCCACGUCGGCAACGGCGCGGCCGCCGAGGAGGAGGACUGCUUUGAGGAUGCCUUCGAUCGGAUACCUUCGGCUUGUCAGAUGGACCUGCACACUGCCAUCCAGGAGACUCAGUGCGCUCUCAACCUCGUCCUCAACAACAAGUUCUCUCAGGCUCUGGACCUGCUCCAGCCGUGGUGGAAGCACAGCAUGUACCACGCUCUGGGCUACAGCAGCAUCCUGGUCAUGCAGGCCACCAUGACCUUUGACCAGAAGGACAUCCAGACGGCCAUGGAGACCAUCAAGCAGGCGCUGCAGACCUGCCACCGGUUCAGAAAGAGAAACUCGGUGGUCGGUUCUCUGUCCAGCCUGAUCAGCAAGCAGUCCAACUUACAGGAAGAGGAAAUGCAUGCAGAGCUCUGCUACGCCGAGUGCCUUCUGCAGAAAGCAACGCUCACUUUCAUCCAGGAUGAGAACAUGAUCAGUUUCAUAAAAGGAGGAAUCAAGAUUCGAACAAGCUACCAAAUCUACAAGGACUGUCAGAACGUGCUGAACAUCAGCCAGGACAAGGCGGAGCAGUUUAACUCCUUCAAACAGUUUGAGGGCGGAGUCAAGCUGGGCAUCGGCUCUUUUAACCUGAUGCUGUCUCUCCUUCCUCAGAAGAUUUUAAGGUUGUUGGAGUUUAUUGGCUUCUCAGGAAACAGGAGUUUUGGUUUGUCUCAGCUGAGGGAGGGAGCAGCCAGCCAAAGUUUGCGUUCGAUAAUCUGUGUGCUGACUCUGCUCUUCUAUAACACUUACGUGUCGCUGAUCCUGGGAACGGGGGAGGGGAACCUGAUGGAGGCUGAAGCUCUGCUAGAGCCGUACCAACAAAAAUACCCCAAAGGCUCCAUAAUCCUCUUCUACUCCGCUCGCAUCGCCACCCUACGAGGAAACUUUGAGAAGGCGCGGUCCAGGUUUGAGGAGUGCAUCAGCAGCCAGCAGGAGUGGAAGCAGAUCCACCACCUGUGUUACUGGGAGCUGAUGUGGACUCACUCCUUCCAGCAGGAGUGGCAGCAGGCGUACCGAUACGCUGACCUGCUGUGCAAAGAGAGCCGCUGGUCAAAGGCGAUCUAUAUGUACCAGAAAGCAGCGAUUCUCAGCAUGAUGACGGAAGACGACGUGAGGAAGACUGGCGAAGACAUCGUAGAAGUCUUUAGGCAGGUGGAGGCGCUGAAACAGCGGCUGGCUGGGAAGUCCAUCCCCAUGGAGAAGUUUGCAGUGAGGAAAUCCAGACGCUACAAAGCUGCUCAGCCCGUCCCGCUGGUCGUUCCUGCUCUGGAGAUGAUGUACGUCUGGAACGGGUUCACCAUCGUAGGGAAGAGAGCCGACUACACCGAGUCUCUGCUGGUCACCAUCGAGAAAGCUGAGCAGCAGCUUCGCAACGACACAAAUCCGUCCGAGUUCCACCCAGACGACAGUGGCCUGGUCCAGAUGUUGAAGGGUCUCUGCCUGAAACAUCUGGGCAGGUUGCUUCAGGCUGAGCUCUGCUUCACGCAGGUCCUCUCCAGCGAGAGUCGCAUCAAGUACGACCACUACCUGAUCCCGUUCUCCCUCUAUGAGUUGGGUCUGCUGUACAAACAACAGGGCGACUUCGUUAAAGCUGCCACUUACAUUGAAAAAGCCAAGACGAACUACAAGGAUUACUCCAUGGAGUCCAGGCUUCACUUCAGGAUCCACGCGGCGCUCAGCAGCCUGAAAGGCUCGCCUGUCAGCACGCCGUGACCUCAGCGGGAAAACCUCCGGUUCUCUUCACGCUUCAGCAUUCACACUAACACAGAUCGCUUUCAGCUCCAUAAACCUGACGGAGCUGCAGCUUCAGGUUCCAGGCAGAGCUUUCCCAUUGUCCGUUUAUUCAGAAGUUAAUGAUCCAUUAAGGAAGUCAGAUUGGAUUUGUUCACAAACGGUUCUGCUGCAUCUUUCAUCACCAAAAAGCACAAAGUAAAAACCAAACUUAUUAUUCCAAAAAAGAGCAAAACUUCUGGAAAAAAAUGACAAAUGGGAUUUUAAUUGCCUGUCUUUGGCUUUAUUUUACUUAAAUUAUUAUGUUAAAACAGAAAUUAUGACCCUACACUACAAUAAAUAAUAAUAAAAUGUGUAUUUUUGGGAUAAACUGCUAAAUUACAGUACAAAUAGUGAAACCCUAAAGUAUGCAGUCAGUCUAAGAGGAGAAACGCGUCGCGCUACGCAGUCACAGCCUUUUCACCAGCGGUGGCCUAAACAAAGCAGCUGAUUUCACUCAUUCCAAGCUCACACACACACAAGCUGUUUUGCACAUCUGAAGGAGAUUACACACACAAACGGCGGAAAUUGCACAUUUUUAGCAGCAAUAGAGGAUUUUUUUGUUGUUGUUAUUGGAUGAUUUGUCAGGUUUUUGUUGGGUUCAUGCUGAGAAGCCGAAGGUUUUAACUUAUUGUUGAGUUUCUCAAACACAGAGCAGCUUUUGAUUCAGGCGAGGUUUCUGCACCAUUAGUUAGCUUAGCAUUUAGCUACCAGUUUUGCCACAUUUUAACAACUUUUUCCCUUAAAUAUUGACCCUGUGGCGUCCCACAGGGUCCGGCACUCGGACCAUUUCUAGUAUCGGUUCCUUUAAAUGAAAUGAAAACCCAAACGUUGCUGUUCUCCAGAAACGGAAGACAACUUUCAAAAAAAGGCAAACAACUUAAAAUAAUUUUAUUCAUAGUCUAAAAUUAUUAAACUGUAACAAACACACGGUGUUUUGUUGUUGAAGACGAAGGAAACUCAACAUCAUCGUCUUCAUUAGUUCAGCAAAACACGUCAGCAUUUACAUUAAUGUUGUGAUUAAACAUGGAGUCCCACAAGGUUGUGUACUUGGUACGCUAUGUUUUAAAUGUACUUUUUUAGGUUGGAUAAAUAUUUUCAUUUCUGUUAUAAAUGAAUUACAGAACAUUACAGUUCCCCAGACAAGCUAACCAACUUGUCUUGUUAUUAAAUGCUUUAAGUAAGAAAUGAAGGAGCCAUGAAGAGUCGAUGACGGUUAGUAACAGAUGAGAAAUGAGAAAUAAAAAGCAUCUGAGUGUUACAAUGGCUCGGUACCAGAACGUCUGUCGUUCAGCUUUACAUGGUACAAUCAAUGUACUCUUUGAUUAGCACAUUGAAAAUACUAAUAAUAAUAGGAAGUUUGACUGCUAACGAGAUUAAAACAUUAUAUUUUCACUGAAAAAAAAAACUCAGAGGCAUUUUAGGAAACAUUUUUAGAACAAAACUCCUGAUUUCAAAUUAUGAAGCAACAGGAUGUGGAUUCUUUAUCACUUCAGAGAGAUUAUUUUAUUAAGAUUCACACUUUUGCAGCUCUGUCUCUGAGAAAUAAUAACCGUCACUCGCAUGGCUGCUCAGCCUUCGAAGGAUUGAAGCUUUAAUUUUAUUUUAUUUUUGUAAAGUUUUGAACAAAUUGCCUUUUUGUUUUCUGUUUUGUUGCUUUAUAGCCUGAAAUAUGCUGUAAAUCCUACAGACAUUUAGAUCAAAAGUACAUUUAUAAGAAUAUGGAGAGCGACUUUAUAGUGUAUCGUAAAUGUAAGCACAAUCUAUUUUCUCCAAAACAUGGAUCAAAAAUACUAAUUCUUUAUAUUUUAGUUCAAUGAGAUUCUGAGGGAGGAAAAGUUUUGAGGUUUUGGAUUAAUAGAAAUGAUGAAAAUCCAUUUUUUGUUAUUUUCUGUGAGCUUGAAGUCGUUUCUGCUUCCAUUUAACCAUCAGAGCCUCUGAAUGUUUCUGUCGUCUCAACAACUUGAUGCUUCAAGUGCAGAAAACUUUGUUCGUAGUGAUUAUGGAGGAUUCGUGGCAACGAACAGAGUCUGAGUGAGAAAUGCUCCUGGAAACAGGAGAGGUCAAAGGGCAAACUCCACUUCUUUUAUUUUGAGUUUUUAAUUUGGUUGUGAUAAAACUGAUGGGAUAUUAUUUAUUUUUUUAACAAAUAGAAGUUUUUCAUUGACUGUCUGGUUGUCUUGAUUUAUUAUGAUUUAGAAUAAAUGGUGUAAAAAUUAAUGUUGUUUAAUUUGUUUUGUAACAAAAUACUGAAUAACAGGAUUUCUGUGAGUUGAGGAUCAUUUAUGACUUAUGGAGAAAAUUAUGAAGUUAAGAUUUUGACUGAUAAAGCAAAGUUUUGACAAAAUUUAUUUUAAAUGAUCAGGCAGGAAGUGAAAUGAAGCCUAAAUAACUAAAUAAUAAAACAAUCAAGUAAAAAUUGUUCAAAAUGAAAAAUUAAAGCUGCAGUGUGUUAGAAAAUUAUAUAUUUUUAAAUAUUUAUUGAAACUGUUUUCAUGUUGUGACAGAUAAUCGGUUAAAAAUAAAUUAAUUAAUCUCCCCCGGCUUAGUGCAAACUAAAAAAACAACCAAUCAGAGCCAGGAGGCGGGUCUUAGUGCUGUUAAUCAUCCUCUGUGUGACGCUGCUCAUCCGCCUCUCUCAAUGCUAGUUAGCCUAGCCACGAUGACAACAGAUAAACAGUUUUCCUGUAACACUAAGCCGUUUCUUUGCCAUCAGCACAUUUAACAGCGAGUUCAUGAGGAUGAUUGACAGCGCUAAGCCCCGCCUCCUGGCUCUGAUUGGCUACUUUUGGUGCAUAUCUUCAGAUAGCUGCUCAGAGGAGAUCAACCUUUUCACAGAUGAUCUCUCUCAUAACAAACAUUAAAAAGAUCAUCUUAAUAAAAAUGAUGUACUGCAGCUUUAAAUGUUUUUGCAGUGACUCGUUUCGUUGCCACGACCUUUGACUCCUGUAAGUGUCUCUCGGUGUUUUGUCCAGGUGAUGAUCGUCGGUGCCUCUGUGUGUGUCUGGUCUCCAUUUCCAGGAUGUUGCAUGUUAUUUAAUAUAAUCUUUGGUUUUUAUUGUCCUGUUGAGAUCAAGGCCUUUUACUCUGGUGAUCAUUUGGUGCAAUAAAGUGGAAACAGGAAUGUUGUUCA